GAGAGAGAGAGCCACACACUUCCUGGUCCGUCACUUAAAGCGUUUGCGGCAACUCGCUCGGAGGAUGUCAAGCCAAACACUCGGGCCGAAGCGGACUACACAGGUAGCGCCUUCAAACCCCGGCCUCUGCACUAUGAUCACCACCACGAGGAAUAUUUUUAUGGGCAGGAAGAGGAAAAGAGCUAACCAAGGCUCCAAGAGUGCCGAGCAGGGAACCGGAAAUGCCGUCAAGUCCAACCCUUCUAAAAGGCAUCGCGACCGGCUCAACGUAGAAUUUGACAACCUACUGAGUCUGCUUCCAACCACUGAGGAUGUUGCUGGGAGGUUGGACAAACUGUCUGUGUUGCGUCUCAGCGUCAGCUGCCUCCGCCUUAAAAGGUUCUUUGAUGUUGCUUUGGGACAAAGGAAGGAGAGUCUUCCCACAGAGCAGCCUGGCAUCAAUGGAAUGGAUAAGCUGUUCCAAGACCUUGGCAACUCAAUACUGUCAGAAGGGGACCUGAUACUACAGGCUCUGAAUGGAUUUGUCCUGGUAGUGACAGCAGAAGGUGACAUCUUCUAUGCAUCUCCCACUGUGCAGGAGUACCUGGGCUUCCAUCAGACUGCUGUCAUGCACCAGCCUGUCUUUGAACUGAUCCAUCCUGAAGAUCGGGAUGAGUUUUGGCGGCAGCUGCACUGGGCACUAAACCCAUCACCGCCUUCCACUGUGGAUCAAUCAGAACCAGGUAGCACAAGGCGUGAAAUUGUCACCAGAUAUGACCCACAGCAACUCCCACCGGAAAACUCCACCUUCCUAGAGAGGAAGUUUGUGUGUAAGAUGCGAUCUCUCCUCAGCAGCUCUUCUGGCUAUGUGGCUCUAAGCAUUGAGGGCAGAUUGAAGUAUCUCCAUGGACAGAACAAGCGGGCAGAAGAUGGCUCCCUGCUCCCACCUCAGCUGGCACUGUUUGCCAUUGCAACCCCUCUCCAAGUGCCUUCAAUCCUUGAAAUCCGGACCAAGAGUGCUCUAUUUCAGACCAAACACAAGCUCGACUUUUCACCUCUUGCCUGUGAUGCGAAGGCUAGGAUUGUGCUGGGUUAUUCAGAGCUGGAGCUGUGCAUGAGAGGUUCUGGGUACCAUUUUGUCCACGCACACGACAUGCUUUACUGUGCUGACAGCCAUGUUCGGUUGAUGAAGACAGGAGAGAGUGGAUUGACCAUCUUCAGGCUACUGACAAAACAGAACAUCUGGAUCUGGGUUCAGGCAAAUGCCCGACUGGUCUAUAAAAAUGGGCAGCCCGAUUGCAUCAUAGCAAAGCAGAGACUCUUAACGGAUAAAGAAGGGAUUGAUCACUUUAAGAAACGCACAAUGCCAUUCCAAUUUCCAUUCUCAGUUGGGGAGGCUGUCUUGUAUGAUAGCGUUUCUCCUCUAUUUGAGGUCACCAACCCAUAUCCGUCUGAGAAUGGUAAUUCCAGUGUGGUAAAGAAUGGAUGCAUGGAUCCGAACUCAAUCCUUGGAGCCAUGAUGAGCCAAGACAAAGCAGUGUACAUCAGGCACCCAGCAGUGGAGCCCAAGUACUCCUUAAGUCGAAUUGGCAGAGCAGUUGCCAGUGGAUCAACAGUCAAUGCACCAUGUCUCCCAAAUGGAGAGAAGAAUGUAAAAGAGGAGGACCCCAGCAUCAAGCAAGAAGAUGACCUAUUGUCCACAUUGGAUGACAUGCUCCAAAGCGACAAUGGCCUCCCUGAUGUACUGGAGAGCUUGGCACCAGAAGACUUGGAGCUCAUGCACUGGGUAGAGAGCACAUUGAGCAUGGACAUGGAAUGCCCCCUCAGUGACGUGCUGACAAAUGACCAGGUUUUGUCUUAUGUCCAUGAAUCACUAAAGAAGAAGGAGAGUUCACACCAACAAUCUGGAUUGCAAGAGAAUUUAGGUACAGGGGAUCAACUGCCUGAAUGCUUGGGGAUGUCACAGAGACAAGCCAACAGACCGCCUCCGAUGGCACCAUUGCACUUGCAACAGAACGUGCCAUCAAUUCCUCAACAGUCUUGCAAGGCAAGUUACUUGCCCCAAGAAGCAAUGCAACCUUGUAGCCGAACACACAGCAUGCCACAGCAGGACUUGCUUCAACAGCAUUGGCCUCAUUCUCUGCAGCAGCAGUAUGCACAGACCUCUGGUCCCAUGCAGCAACAAUGCAUCCAGCAGUACGGCCUUCAUAAGCAGCCGGCUGUGAGACAGGACCCUCAUUUGCAGCAGCACUUGCAGCCACCCGGUCAGCAACUGUCAAUGCAGUAUAACAACCAGCAGUCAUACCAUUAUCCACAGCAGUCCAACAAUUCAAGUCCGUCCUCAGUCACUGGACUAAACCCAGCUGCCACAAUGAACUGCAGCAACAGCAACGGAUACUUGAGAGCUGCACAGAGCUGUAGAGUUAACCUGCAGCAAAACACAUCCCUAUUUCAUUCACCAUCCAGUGCACCUCCCUGUGUUGCCUCUUCUCAACAGAGCAGAUUUGAUUUCAGUCAUCCAAGCACUGCAGUAGCUAGUCAUGGAUAUGAGAGUUACAAUCAAGCAGGCUGGUUCCUGGGAGCAAACCAACCAAAUGGGAUGGCAUUUCCACAUUUCAGCUCCACAGCAUCUCAUGUGAGUGGGAAGAGUACGAACCUUCCUGCAUUUCACCCGACACCGACAGUCCCAUUGUCUAAUGUGAACAAAUACUCUCACUUACACCCCGAGGAACAAAAUAGCUGGUGUGCCGUUGAUUUGUACAAGAUGACAGAAGAUUCCAAUGGUAUUCUAGGCUUUCACCCCACUGUGAACAGUACUCCUAUUUUUGGGAAUGGCUCUGUACAGUAAUGGACCAUCAUGCUUUCCGUGAAAGGAUCUGACACUUUUUGUUCCAGAUAUAAACUUGUGAUCCCAACGUCUUGGCAAGCAGUGAAGACUCCUCUGGACAUAUCUGAUUCUUAUCAUAAGGGUGGCUUCUUAGAUUUUCCUUCAGAAGAUUUUCUCAAGUGGAGGCUCAAUUUAGUUAAAAUGAGCACUAUGAAUAGUCCUCAACUUGGGUGGCUAUUGGAACAAGAGCAACAGGAAGUGACAGGGCUUUGGAGGUAACCAUAGUAACACAACAUGACUGAAAGUGAAUUUAUUAUUGCAGCUUUAAGAAAGAUUGUCAUGAAAUGUUUGUUUUAGUGGAUGAUGUUUUAGAGGACAGCCUUUCUUUAAUUGAGAAAUUCAACUCUUGAGUACAUCUUGCUGUUUUUAACUUUUGCAUACAGAAAAGUAAGUUACACCUUGUGACCGGCAGAUGUUUUAUUUUUAAAAGUACAAGCAUUGGGUUCAGGGCAGUAGAAACAAAUCAUUCUGGACCAAUCUUUAAAAGCAACUUCAAGUUGGAGGUGUUUUUAAGAUGUUCUGGUCUUUGAGACUUAAGUUGUUGCUUUAUUUUUUGAAAUGCGUUGUGUAUUGGGGAAUCGAACUGUAAUAGGCCUUAUAACAAUAGUGCAGUCUGUUGAAAUACCUACAAGAGGGUUCCUUACAUAAUAAGCACUAUUUUCUUUUGAAAACAAAAAGCACAGCUUUGAAAAGAAACUCUGAUCCUCUAUUUCAAAGCAAUGCCGGCUUGUAUCUUAAACUCUUUUCUGAGUUAGAAGAACAUUGCUCAACCAGUUUUGAAAAGACUUUCAAAUGGAUGCCUGUUAACAUACAUAGAGAAGUGUGUGGGAGCAGAAAGCAAGGCACAUGCACUGUGUGAGGCUAUCCUUGCCUUACUUGCUCUGUAAGUUUAAUAGUACAAAGAAGUUCCUUUGGAAAACCAGGUGGGCCAGUGAACUUCCCAACUUUUAAGCAAGCACACAGACCACUGUUGCCUUAUGAACAAUGACAAAGAAGGGUCAUACAACUUCAAGUGCCUUGUACAUCAUAUAUAUCACCCCACUUGAGAGUGUGCUGCUUAAUCCCUUCCUCCCUAUCCCUCUUUGGAGGGAUCCACUCAGUUGGAUAACUGAAUCUAUUCCUGGGAACCACGCUGGCCCUGAUUGACCUCAAGUAAAUACUGCCAAAAACCUUUUAAAAGAGUAUAAAAUGCAGUGAGGUUGAAAGUAUUUAAACAUAAAUUAAUAAGGGAUUAAACAUGAAGGUGCAGUAUAUUAAUAAAUUGGAUUCAGUUAAAGUAAUAUUUUUGUCCUGUAGCUCCAAAAAAAUUGUGAAUUUUUUUUUAGAUGAAGGGUGGAAUUGAGAAAACACAGAGAGUGAUAAGUAAGGUGGAGGAGCAAGGGAGAAAUAGCUAGGAUAAAAUGAAAAUCAGGCAUAGAGAAAGGGAAUUGAAUGGCCACAAGCCUCACCAGUAAUUAAUCUUCUGAUUAUGACUGGGUUUAUUGUCUUUGAACUCGAUCCAAGCAGCCAAAAUACAGUAGCUAUGGAUGGUUGCUGAGUUGAAGACAAUAAGUGUGGGGAGAAAAAACUUCUGAGUGUCAAAAGAACCUAACAAAAGCAUUUGUCCAAGAACACUUUUAAAGUAGAUGUGGUAGGAGUCCUUUUACACUCAUUUUGUUAUCCUGCCAUUUUCCAGUGUUUUUCCAAUCUGUGUAAUUAUUCAGCUUCUGAUAGGAUUUGAUUCUCCAAAUCUUGUCCAUGAAAAUGAUUCUGAAACAUUUCUAAAUGGAGAUGUGAAAUGGGCUUUGACAUUCAAGGCCCUUGCGAAUAACUUGACCUGUUGUAAUCUGUAUUCUGGCACAAAGAAAAACUUCUGUUGUUAACCAUAAUAUGAACCUGUGACUAAUCUCAUACUAAGUCUAAGAAUUUGUGCUGGAAUAUUGCGGCCACAUUUGGAUAAUUUAACUGGUACAAAAUUAGGUAAAUAAAGAGCUACUGAUCUUAAAUUAUUGGCUAAUUAAUAUUUGGCAGUCUAUUUCUCUUAACUGAAUAACAUUCCUACAGAAAAAUAAUUACAGUCCCUACCUCUCCCAACUACAUAUUAAACCUAUUUUCUCCUCACUUGACUCCUGCGUUCUUAAACAGAAAAGGAGGACCCACACCCACCCACUCUCGCCACCAAAAACAUGCCUCACUCUCAGGCCUCAGGAGAAUGCUGUUCAUUAAAUGCUCGCUAGCAACUGUCUGGAUCAUUGAGGGUCUUGUUGACUAUGACUUCCAUUCCCAUUGGGAAAAGUAACAUUUUUUGCCUAGGUUUGGGUGACUGGUCUUGCAUGGGCCGAUUGGAGAUUUUACGCUUUCGUAUAUUAAACCCAAACCAAUCCAUAAAAUGAACAUAAAAACAAGUUUAGCAUGUAUUUAUUGUCUUGAUUAUCAACCUUUGUUAUGCAACUUUUGUUAUCUUAAUAUGUGUCAAGCAUUAAUCCAUGUUCAACAAGGUCUGUGGUUGGAUUGAAAAUCUUGUAUGUUGGUGCAGCAAAUCAUUGGGAGUAAGCACCAAAAGGAAUUAAUUCCCAUUAAUAGCACUGCUUUCAUUUCUUUCUCUGGUUGGCAUUUUGCCCCAAUUAUAAUGAAUUGUCUUUGAUGACAGGUCUGUUCCAUUCUUCACACGGGGAUUAAAUGUGAGCUUUAACUGAAGCAAAAUCUCACCUUCGCCUUAAAAAUUCAAUUGUAGGUUUAGUUGUUUGCUAGUCCUGUUGUAAAUCUUCUGAAGGUUGACCUUUGCACUGCAGACCUAUCACUUUGGAGAGUGCAGAAUGCAGAUUGGAACUUUAGCUAGUUAAACUAGUCUUUAAGUACAGAUGAGAUGAAGCAUCAGCUUGAUAGAGGUGUACAAGAUAAUAAGAGGAAUAGAUAGAGUGGAUAGCCAGCGCCUCUUCCCCAGGGCACUACUGCUCAAUACAAGAGGACAUGGCUUUAAGGUAAGGGGUGGGAAGUUCAAGGGGGAUAUUAGAGGAAGGUUUUUAACUCAGAGAGUGGUUGGUGUGUGGAAUGCACUGCCUGAGUCAGUGGUAGAGGCAGAUACACUGGUGAAGUUUAAGAGACUACUAGACAGGUAUAUGGAGGAAUUUAAGGUGGGGGGGUUAUAUGGGAGGCAGGGUUUGAGGGUCGGCACAACAUUGUAGGCCGAAGGGCCUGUACUGUGCUGUACUAUUCUAUGUUCUAUGAAAUUGUUGUUUUCUGAAAAGUUACGCAGAGGUGUCCAUCUGAUUAGAAUGGACUGAACUAAUAUUUUUUUCCCAAGACAAAGAUCCUUGCAAAAGAUGGCCACUUUUCUCGUUGUAAACUUUCUCCCAAUGUGGAAUGGAGACAGAUUUGGUUGUUGAUAAGAGGCCUAAAUUUGCCUCAGAGUCUAAAAUUGACUUGGAAUGCUCUUGACUUUGAUGCAUCUAUGGAUGUACAGUCCAUUGGUACUUACUGCAUGGACUCAGAUGUGAAGAAUGACUAGAUGGGCAUGGUGGUAGAAGACGGUAGCCCCAGCACAAACCUACACAAGGAGCAGACAAGCAGAAAGAUAAGGUUUUUUUUAUAUCAACACUAAAUAACAGUCAAAGCAUAAAACAAAAGCUUCAGAAAGAAAUGAAAGCCAUCAGCUCAAGCAGCCAUCUAUGACUGCUGCUCAUUGGUCUUUGAGAUCACUGGUACUUCGUCUUCAUCUAUUUCUGUUUUGUGUUCCACACUGAAAGGUUAGCACAUGUCUUUGUUAAGCAAAUUGAGAGUUAAAAUCUUAAACUGGUAGGUUUCCUUCCUAAGGCAGCCAAAGAAUAUAUGUCAGGGGGCUAAUAGUAAAAAUACUUGAAAGAAGAAAAAGUCUUGGUAUGGCUGAGAUUUACCACUUCAUUUGGAGUCCCUAAUGAUAAAAGUAAUUUUCCCUUAAAUGGUUCAUUCAUCCCCCAGGGAUUUCACAAUACAACUUUGCUCCACAGGUGAUAGCUUAGAAAGUAGUACUGGCCUUUGUCUUUUCAUCUGGCAGUGUUCAGUGGCAGACGUCACCAUGAAGUGAAUUUUCUUGAUGCUUGCCAUUCCCAUUGAUGACGCUGAGUAGCUGGAGUUAAUUUCAUGAUCAUCUCCAAUGUCAACUCUUGUCCAUCAUCAGCUCCUGACUUUUGUUACAGCACUUCAUCCCUUGUAGCACAAGGUCUUUUAGGUCAUUUCAGCCUUAAUUCUCUUGACCUGAUUCCAAGACCUGAUGACAUCUUUCAGCUCAAAAAAAGGAACAAUUGCCAUGUUAAAGCAAUAUUCCCAAAGUGAUAGCAGUGCAGAAGCGCAAAGGAAAAUGGCAGUUGACAAUCAGAUUUGCGCUGGUCAGCGGCAUUGUAUAGGAUUGCAUUUUCUUUGGCGCAGUGCAGCAAAGGCAAAAAAGCAAAGCAAAGCAGCAGAAAGGAAAAUGUAUGCAGCGCAGUCUUUCUCCCCCUUACCAGAUUUUCUUGAGCCACAGAGCAGAGGUUACCAGCCCCGCACGUCCUUUAGUUCUCACUGUUUUGGUACCAAGCUUCCAGCUGCUGCAAACAACUGCAGAAUCAAAAGAGCAUGAGGAAUUGUGGGAAACCUUUGAGGAAGAGGUGGCUGUGUCGGGGAAGAUGGGGAAGAUGAGAAAGGCCUGUCAACAUGGUGGUGAGCUUGAUCCACAAAAGCGUAUCGUGCAAGUGUCACCUAACCUAAACCAAGAAAAAGAGCUGGUUCUUUAGUGACAGGCUUAGUAAACAAAGUAAACUUCUAAAAUUAAGUAUUAUUACCAAUAUCCAGUCUGUCAUCUAGUUUCUUAUACUCUCCAUUGGCUUGAAGUGCAGAUGUGUGCAACCAGAACAGCCACCCUGUAAAUGCUAGGAAUAAAUACAUACCAGCCGUGAACACCCUGAUUUAUUUACUUUUUUACAAUGCUGUCAAUCUUCUUCAAAUCACUCACUUUUUCUGUGUAAUGUUUGCUUACUAUCUCGCUGGUUUCACUAAUCUUUCACCUGAGUCAACCCAUCCACUCCUGUUCCCAGUACUGAGACCAGGCAUUAUCAUAAUAAUCAUCUGAUUCUGUACAGCAUCUGAAGGUAAUCAGACUUCUUCUGGUCUUAGUACAUCUGUCAAAACUUAGUAAAAUUUACCAAUUUCCAUGUUUGUAUCAGUAACUUUUCCAUAAAUCCAUAUUAAACACAACAGUGAUUAUGCCAGUCAAUGUAAUGAUAAUGAGAUUUCAAAAUAUUAAUUUAAGAGAAAGAGCAGGGAAAAGAAUUAAUCAAAUGGAACUGACUAGCAGUGCUGAUAAGCAUGGCACUCAAAUAGUAAAUCUCAAAUGCAGUGAGAUUGCACAGUACAAUUUUGUGCUUCUAUGAUUUUUUUCAUAUAGAGAAUGUGAGAUUAUCAAUUGUUGCUGCUUGUUCAAACUGUUACUUUUUUUGAAAAUGAUGGAUUAAUGUCUGAUUAUGGAUACCCAGUGCAGCAGAUGUAUAUUGGCUAUAUUGUUCUUCACUCUGCCAAUUUCAAUGUAGUUAUGCCUAAAUAUUGUGAUUCUUUUAAAAAAUAUUUUGAGGGCAGAAAUCCAGGCAUCUUCUUUGUCAACCUGGAAACUGCUACGUGACAACUCCACACAAUUGCUUCACCUUACUGCGUUCCUCCUACUUGUUGUUAUAGUGGAGAUAUUAGUACAUGUGAAAUAAAUGGAUUAAUUCUCAUGAAGGUAGGAGAUGGAAAUUUUAAUAGAAAGAUAUUAAAUGCAUGUAUAAUGACAAGUCACUUUAAUUGGUGUUUAAUCUUUCUGUCUUUGAUUAAUGAUUCCACAAUGUGAUAGUUAUUUAUUGUGCAAAGGAUAAUACACAGCAGACAACUUGAGAGCAAAGUUUCUGCCUAAUCAUCAAGACAUUUGAAUCAUACAGACUCCCCUGAGCUUUACUUGUGUUCACUUGGGCUCACUUUAUUAAAUUGCAGAUUAAGCAAGGAGCAGAGGGCAUCCCAUUUAUAAACCUGGAGUAAUGGACACAGGUUUUUGUCUCCUCCUUUGUAUUCACUUCAGUAGUGAGUUCAGCAAUGAAUCACCAGACUGACUACUGAGAUAGAGUAUAUCAUGUAUAUUUCUUAGAAUCUAGAAUAAAAUUGAAACAUGGUAACAUUCUUUAAGGUGUAAUAGGGUAGGUGCAGGGGCUUGUUGGGAAGUCCAGAUCUCCGGCUUGCCAGCUCAGGAUAAUGAGCAAGUCUUUUAAGACUGAAAUCGGGUAAAGAUUGUUUAACUUAAAUGGUUAUGAAUUUUUUGAACUCUUUACCCUAAAAGGCUGUGAAUACUCAACCAUUUAUAUUGAAAAUUAUAUUGAAAGCAGGAGGGAUGAGAGGAAAUUGGGGCAGUGCAGCAAGGUGGAAUUGGGAUAGUGGGUUAUGGCACAUGGAGCAAUCUCAAGGGGCUGAAUGGCCUUGUAUUUCCACCUGAAGUUCAACUGUCCAAUCAAAGUAUUGGAUUUUUGGUUCCAACCAUUUGAUUGGGUAUGAAUUCAAAAUCUUCCAUAAGUUUACUGGAGUUGACCAGGUGGUGUUUGAUGGGGAUUUCGGAAGAGAACUAACUUGUAUCUAAACAGCAUGAGCAUAGUGCUGAAGUUGUCUGUGGUCUUGGUGGGGAGAUUAUUGCACCUUUUAAGGAAAAAGGUAGCUAAAGGAAGUUCCAGGACUUUGGUGGAAGUGCAGGACAUUGGGUUAGUUUUGGAUUGCUCCAGCAAAGAAUACAAUGCAGUGAAUAGCCUCAUUCCUCUCUGUUUCUGAAAAAGAUGACAAAGGGAUGGCAAUUUUUUAAUACAGGCUUAUCAAAGACUAUCACUCAAGAAAUAAAAGAUGACCAUGUUGACUGAUUGUGUAUUGUUCAUUUUAUAUAUAUGCAUGCAAAUAGUUUACUUUCACAACAAUAAAAAAGAUUUAACUGCUCUUUAACAAUGUUUAUGAGCUUUUGUGUCCUAUUUUAUUUCUGUAGCACGCAUUAAGACUAUAAGACAUAGGAGUAGAAUUAGGCUAUUCGGCCCAUCCAGCCUGCUUCACUAUUCCAUCAUGACUGAUUUAUUAUCCCUCUCAACCCCAUUCUCCUGCCCUCUCUCUAUAGCAUUUGACGCCCUGACCUUCAGGUUAAUCUUUAGGGAAUCCUGUACAAGGGCAGCUGGUAAGAUGACGACAUGUUUGGACUCAGCGGCUUCUACUGGGUCAACCAAAGGUGUUAUUGUCUUUUGUAAGUGUAUUUUUCACAAUCGCAAGGCGCUGCUGGAUAUUAAGAACUUGGAGUACUCCAGGUGUAUCCCAUAAGCAAGUUCCUUGUUGGCGAAGAAACUUAAGGAGCUCGACCUGGUGCUGAUGGUGAUGCUGCCUGUGACAGAGAGGUGUCAGUGCACAAAGGAGGUCUGCAGUCUAUAGCAGCGAAUGACUGUCUUAGUUGCUUUUCUUGUAGUCGCAAGACUUUGUUGGCCAUUGGUGGCGUGGAAUGCUGCAAGUUGGGUUCAUUGGUUAUUGGCGAACAGUGGGGGUGGAUGGUGAGGAAGCUGCAUGGCCUCAGUCAUAGCAAGGACUACGCCUCAAGCCAUAGUGUCACAUGUUUGUAGCCACCCGGGGGAGGCAUCAAAAUCGAGCGUUCCACUGGAGUCUCAGUGGUAGUGUGGUGAGGCGUCCAUGCUGCCCUGCAGUGUUUGCUCAGCGGAAGACAAGACAUAUUGUGUGACUGUAUUUUACUGCUAUCAUAGGUGCUUGCUAUCUUGUACAAUGCUUUGUAAAAGUAUUCAGACCCUAAUCCUUUGUUCACAUAAACCAGGAAAUUUGAUCAAUGUAACUGAGAAUUUUUAUCUGUGCGUCGCAUGCUCCUUUUUCCCCCACAGUGGAGUCCAUAAAAAGGGAAAACUGUAAAGCAUGGAAAACUAAAAGUUCAAAAACAAAUGUCAGCAGUUCAAAAGUAUUCAUCCCCCUUUGCUCAGUACUUGGUUGAACCAUCUCUCACAGCUGUUACAGCCAGUAGUCUUUUUGGAUAAGUCUCUAUUAGCUUUGCACAUGAUGGAGUAAGAUUUGCCCAUUCCUCUUUGCAAAACUUGCUCACGUUGUGCCAGGUUAUUUGGCAGCAAUCUUGAGGCUUUGUCAGAGAUGUUUGAUUGGGUUGAGGUCAGGACUCUGACUGGACCACUCAAGGACAUCAGUUUUCUUCAUUUGAAGCCACUCUGGCAGUGUGCUUUGGCUCGUUGUCCUGCUGAAAGUUUAAGCUUUCUGGCAGAUGCUAUCAAGUUUUUAUCUAGGAUCUCUCUGUAUUUAGCAGCAUUCAUCUUCCCAUCAAUCCUGACCAGAUUUCCAGUCCCUGCUCCUGAAAAGCAUCCCCAUAGCAUGAUGCUACCUCCACCAUCCUUUACAGUAGACAUGGUGUUACCUGGCUGAUGCGCAGAAUUAGAUUUAUAACACAUUUUGCUCAGUAAUUAGGCCAAAAAGUUCCACUUUAGUCUCAUCUAACCACAAGACCUUCUUCCACAUCUUUACAGUAUCUUCCAAGUGACGCUUUGCAAGGAUACUGUGUGCUUUUUUUUUUAGCUUGGGGUUUCUUCCUUGCCACACCUCCAUAAAUAUCCUUUUUGUGCAAAGUCUUAGCGAUUGUGGAGCCAUAAAUUUCAUCUCCAGUUACAGCCACUGGCUUCUUCAGCUCACUCAGAGUGACUGUUAGCACCACAGUAGCCUCUCUUACAAGUGCCAUUCUUUUCCAGCGACCAAGUUUAGAGGAAUGGCUUGAUCUAGGUAAUGUGGCUGUGGUUUCAUAGUUUUUUUCCACUUUUUCACAAUGGACCAUUUUAAGCUCUGAAGUAUGUUCAAUGUCUUUGAGAUGCUUCCUAUGUUUGUGCUUCUCUAUUAUCAUUUCUCUGACUUGUCUUGAAUGCUCUUUUGUCUUCAUUUUGGUUUGGUCUGUUGAAAAUCUACCAUACUGUUGGACUUUACAGAGAGAGGAGGCAUUUAUUCUUAUGAAUUAUGUAAAUACAGGUGAUUCUCUGAUUUUCUACAUCAACAAAUUGUGUGAGUUGGUAAAAUAAUACAUAGUACUGCACUUGAGGAAAGUUAGCAUAGUAAUUACAAAGGGGAUAAAUACUUUUUCAGCCUCACAAUUUUUUGGUUUUUAAUUUUCAGUAAAUUGUCCGCGGGUUUUGGAAUUUUUAUUUUGAUUCGACAUGAUCACAAUGUUUUGUAGAUUAGCUCAAGAUCCUACUUCAAUAUAUUUUAAAUUUAGAAAAUGGGACCACAAAAAUGUGAAAAUAGUUGGGGAGCUAAAUUCUUUUUCAAAGUACUGUAUAUGCCUUGUGCUAUGUGUGACUGUUGGUACUGUGUUUUGCACGUAGGCCCUGGAGUAAUUUUGUUUUAUUUGGCUGUAUUUAUGGCUAUUCAUAUAUGGUUGAAUGACAAUUAAACUUGAACUUGAAGUCCCUUUGCUACUCUGAUUUUUGAAUUAUUUCCCCAUUUAGAAAAUAGUCUGUGUCUUUAUUCCUUCUAGCAAAAUGCAUGACCAUACACUUUUCUGCACUAUAUUCCAUCUGCCACUUCGCCCAUUCUCCCAAACUGUCCAGGUCCUUCUGCAGACUCCCUGCUUCCUUAAAACUACCUGCCCUUCCACCUAUCUUUGUAUCAUCUGCAAACUUGGCCACAAAGCCAUUGAUUCUGUCAUCCAAAUUAAGUCUCAAGGAAGAGGAAUGGCCUUUGUUGAUGAGAGUACUUUGAUCAUAGCACCCUGCAUUCGUCUUGCUCUUUGAUCAUCUUUCACAUGAUGGCAUAUACACUUGAAGUGGCAGAGGCCGGAAUUUACCUUGUGUCGCUAGUAGGCCGCUUCACUGUAAGAAUUAUUUUUGACUGCCUUACAGAUAGCAAAAUGAGCAACUGAAAAGAGUUAUUUCAUUUGUCUGUGCUAAUUAUGGAGGUUGUUCAGUGACAAAAAUUCAUUCCCUAAAGGGAGCUUCUCUUUGUCAAGUCAGAAGUAGGAAUGUUUGCUAGUGAUUGUAUAAUGCACAAUUCUAUUCACAAGUCUUUAGAAAAUGAAACAACCCAUGCCUGCAUGAAGUAAGACUUGGACAUCCUUCAAGCCUCUGCUGAUAAAUGUGGUGAGUAACAUAUAUACAGCACAAAUGCUGGGCAGUGACCAUCUCCAAGCAGAAUUUGUGUGUCUCCUGUGGAUUUUGAUUCAAGGAUAGCAAUUAUACUUAAGGGGGUGAAGUUCCCAUGCAGUUACUACCAAGGGAGGUGGCUACAUAGGACAUCACCCCCUUUGCUACCCUUAUGGUACAGGUUACAGGUAUGGGAGGUCAACUUGCCAAUUUCAGUCGUAUUGUUCUGGAAUGUUGUGGGACCAGGUGAUGCCUCUUGCAAUUUACCAUUUACAUUGAUGAUUUGGAAGAGGGGACUGAGUGUAGCAUAGCAAAGUUUGCUGAUGACACUAAACUGAGUGGAAAAGCAAAUUGUACGGAGGAUGUGGAGAGUCUGCAGAGGGAUAUAGAUAGGUUGAGAGGGGACUUGAUAGAGGUGUUUAAAAUUAUGAGGGGGAUUGAUAGAGUUGACGUGGAUAGGCUUUUUCCAUUGAGAGUGGGGGAGAUUCAAACGAGGACAUGAGUUGAGAGUUAAAGGGCAAAAGUUUACGGGUAACAUGAGGGGGAACUUUUAUACUGAGAGUGGUAGCUGUGUGGAACGAGCUUCCAGCAGAAGUGGUUGAGGCAGGUUCGAUGUUGUCGUUUAAAGUUAAGUUGGAUAGAUAUAUGGACAGGAAGGGAAUGGAGGGUUAUGGACCGAGUGCAGGUCGGUGGGACUAGGUGAGAGUAAGAGUUCGGCACGGACUAGAAGGGCUGAGUUGGCCUGUUUCCGUGCAGCAAUUGUUAUAUGGUUAUAUAGAUAGGUUAAGUGAAUGGGCCGAGGUCUGGCAGAUGGAAUACAACGUUGGUAAAUGCGAGAUCAUCCACUUUGGAAGGAAUAAUAGAAGAGCAGAUUAUUAUUUAAAUGGUGAAAGAUUGCAGCAUGCUGUUAUGCAGAGGGACUUGGGAGUGCUUGUUCAUGAAUCGCAAAAAGUUGACUUGCAGGUACAACAGGUUAUUAAGAAGUCAAAGGGAAUGUUGGCCUUCAUUGCUAGAGGGAUUGAAUUCAAGCGCAGGGAGGUCAUGCUGCAACUAUACAGGGUACUGGUGAGGCUGCACCUGGAGUACUGUGUGCAGUUCUGGUCUCUAUACUUGAGGAAGGAUGUACUGGCUCUGGAGGCAGUGCAGAGGAGGUUCACCAGGUUGAUUCCAGGGAUGAAGGGGUUAACCUAUGAGGUGAGAUUGAGUCGCCUGGGACUAUACUCUCUGGAGUUCAGAAGAAUGAGGGGAUCUUAUAGAAACAUACAAAAUUUUGAAAGGGAUAGAUAAGAUAAAAGUAGGAAAGUUGUUUCCAUUGGUAGGUGAGACUAGAACUAGGGGACAUUGCCUCAAGGUUCAGGGGAGAAGAUUUAGG